UCCAUGAGCCUGGGGCCCGUCAGAACUGUUCCGCUGCUCACUAACAGCAGAAGCUGCAAAAUUUAGGACUACGGCAUGUCUUCCUCUUCAUCGUGGCACGGGCUCCAAGUCUAGGAGUGUGUACCAUGGACUCAGUUUGGACUGGCGUUGCCCGGAUAGACUAGCCAGGGAGACUUCUGUCCCCAGUCCCAAGGAUUCUCCAAAGACUGCAAAGGGAGAAGAUGGUGAGAAGCUGAAACCAUGGGGUGCACGCCAUCACACAGUGUCCUUGUCAACAGCGUGGCCAAGAGUGGCAUUCAGUUUUUUAAGAAGCCCAAAGCAAUUUUGCCAGAAGGUCAGAGGGGCAGGCAAAAAUGUCCCAUCCCUUUGCUGGUUCAAAGUUCCACCUUCUGUGACCCUGGUUGGGAACCGCACCUGGGACAGAAGCCAGCAGAGGAGUCAGCGAGUUCCAAGAAGCCCCAAACCAUGUCUGACGGUCUUUGUCAGCUCACAGAAGAUAUGGAAGGCCCAAUUCCAGAAAGUCAAAGAUUCCAGCUGAACAUUCCACAAAGCCGCACCGCUGCGGACAUGUCAUUCAGGGCAGAUGGCUCCCUCGGGAUACAAGAAGCAGAUUCUGCUUGGCGAGAGAGUGAGGAAAACAUGCCCCAGGAGACCUCAAAAUGGGACAACAAACCAAGGUGCCAUCAGUCAGACAACCAGAGCCAUUGCUACCAAACUAUUCCUGAGUCAAAAGGCCAAGUGGACUUCCCUGAGCCCCUGGUAAAGGCCCACCAGCACACGUAUGCCUAUCUGCAUGCUAGCCUCUCCAGAUACGAAGCGAUUCUGCGUCUCGUCCAGCAGGCCAGCCACACCUGGGAGCUGUUACAACCCAUGCUCAGCUUCCUGCUGCUGUGUUUCCAGGAAGUCAGCCAGCUCCUGGGAGAAAUCUCCAAAGAUGGAGAUGUGCUCCUCCAGGAAGUUAGAGGGGAUCUGGCCUGGCCGUCCAGGACAGGUGAGCCCUGGGAACAGCCAGACCUCCUGCAACAGUUGCUGCAAUACACAGUCAACAAGCUGCAGGUGGUCCACGGCACAGUGGCUGACCUCACUGGGACCUUGCUGGAGAGCUCCAGCAGCUGUCUCAGCACUGUGGCUAGCCACCUGAAGGGUAAACUGAACACCCAGAGAGGUAUAGACGAAGGCCUCCUAAGGGCCCUGGGACAACUAGAGAGCCUGACCACGGGCCACGGUGACCCUGGGCUGCAGGGUCCACCCUUGUGCUCUGAGGACAGUGGCAUCGGUGCCGACAAUGAGUCUGUGCAAUCCAUGGAGAAGCUGGGCAAGCAAACCAGCUGGGACUUGGCAGCAGAGCCUGGUGAAGAGAAGCCAGGGACUGCACCCCAAGUGGAAGUCAGGGUGGCAGGGCAUGCCUGGCAGAAAGGUCCAUUUUGGACAGGUUCAGACAGACACCAAGACUGUCCCCUGUCGAAGCCUAGGAUAGCGAAGGUUCAGCCUGUGGCACAGGAUAAAGCUAGGCACUCUCGUGCCUCCAGCACCGGCUCAGAAGCAGUCACCUCCAGGCCUCCAGAGGCUGCCAAAAGCAUUCUGCGGAGUUCCCUCGGGUUUGAUACCCCUGUGCAAACACAUUUUUCUCAGAGUUCUGGGUUGGUGGAUGCUCCAUCCCUGAGCGAAGAUGAGGACAGCAGCCCGGAGGAGGAAGAUGAAGUUAGCAGCACGGAUCUGCAUGCUGAGCAACAGAAAGCAUCACCUCCAAGACCACGGUCCUCACCUCCCACCCGGGAAAGCCUGUUUCAGCCAUAUUCCAGGAAGCUGAGGAGCCCCCAGGCUCAGGAAAUGAUUCUGAAGAUGAAAGAAGCCAUCAGUGAAAGGAUCAAGUUUGUCCCUGUGCCUUCCAGACCCCAGGACUGGGAUGAGGAGGAGGAGAGGACAACAAUAGUCCCUCCAAGACCUAACACAGCCUGUGGCAGCAGGAGGGCCCCUGAGAGACAAAGGAGGUCACAAUCAGAGGGAAGUCUUAAGAGCCACAUGGAAGACCCCACCCUCCAGGAGCUGAAGAGGGUUCAGACAGACCUCAGUCAGAGACUGGAGGUAUUCUAUGCCCUGGGUCAUACACGGCAGAGGCAGAACAGGGAACAGCUUCUGCAACCCAGGACGUCAGUGCUGUGGCCCCCUUCCAACUGCAGGGUAAGUCCCAGUAGUACCAUCAGCAAGUUCAAGGCCUCCCUCACCAAAAACUUCAGCAUUCUGCCCAAUCAAGACAAGAGCAUCUUGCAAAGAGGUGGUCACCUCUCUGACCAUGAGCAGCCCUGCCAGAAGAAGGCUGGGAAGCUGCCAAAUGCCAUUUUUUGUGGUGAGAAGAACAGUGGGGUUCCCAGGAACACUGAAUGGGACAUCAGGGACUGUCCCACCAGAACGUCAGUGAAGAAGCUCAUUGAGGCCUUCAGUCCCAAUGAAAGUCUGAGGAUGCCAAGGGACUCCAGGAACUUGGGGUCAAGCCCCGGCCUCAGAAAGUGGGGGGUCCCUGCCAUCCCUCCCAGAUUUCCUAUAUACAGAGGGCUAGCCCCUCUGUAUGCUAAGCCCCAAAUUUCUCCAGCAGCAGGCAGAGAACCUCUCAGGGUGAGCAUGGGCUGGAGGCCUUCUGCACCCUUUCCCCCCUUUCCCUCCCUUCCUACAGCAGAGGCAUCCAAUAGUGAGGACAACAGCUGGGAAGCAGAGGAAGACCUAGAGAACCUCCCCCCACCUCCUCUGGAAAUCCUAAUGGACAAGUCAUUCACUGCUCUGGAACACCCCGAGAGAAGUCAGCCAGCACAGAGCCCAGUGGACGAGACCCUGGUACCAGGGCUGCAAGAAGCUGGCCCACCAAGGAAAACAUGGGCUUCCCCCAAGCUGAGAGCCUCCAUGAGCCCCAUGGACUUGCUCCCUAGCAAAAGCACUGGCAGCUCCCUGAGGCUGCACAGCACUGGGCCAGGGAUCAUCAGGAAUGUGGGCAAUUCCAGAAAGCUGACCUUGGGCCUGAACUCCCAGCAAGCAGUGAGCUCAAGCCCAGAGGCAGAGGCUGGAGCUCAGAUUCAGAUACCAGAGGAGGAUGCUGCAAGGCUCUCUGAACAUGGCCAGAAGGCAAACCCUUGGCACCACCCUAACCCCACAUCUGGGCAAAGCAAGACCUGGGAACCAAGCCUGGCCCGCUCUUCACAAGGUCCACACUCUCCAGAAGCAUCCAGGAAGGGUCCAGAGAGAAGCCCUCCAGGGAUCAGGAAAACCUCUCCCACGAGAGCACAGCGGGCAUCCCCAGGGGACAGGAGGCUGCAGAGCCUCCCCUCCUCUAGUGGAUUGUCCCAGCCAGGCCUCCCUGCGGUUCUCAGCACCCCUAGCCCACCUCUGAGCCCCAGGACACUGAGCCCACCAGCCAUAAAGAAGUCAACGUCCCCACCAUGUGGAUACCUGCAGCUUAACCAAGCCCAGGAGAGCCCACCUGUCCAUCGGACAGAAACAAACACUUCUUCCUCUGCCUCCUCAUCAUCUCCCUCAGCGUCUGCCUCUCAGGGCUCCAAGGAGACGAGUCACUUUGAGGAUGGUGAAGCCACUAUGACUAAAACACCCAGGAACAAGUGGUCCAUAUUCUGCCCAUCUGCCUCCUCUCAGUUUGAAGCUAAUUCGUCAUUCUCACUAUCCCUUCCAAGGACGCUACCAGAACCUGGAGGCCCCAACAGGGCCCCAACAGGAGGCUGGAGGGGCAGCUCAGGGUCACGACCGAGGGCAGAUCCGCAGAGGAGAAUGACUCUGAGAGCUCUCAACCCCUUGCCUUUCAUCAGGACAGCUUCAGAACGCCAGCGCCAGCAGGCUCACCCUCUUCAGCUGCCCGGCUGCUCUUGGGAGACCCAUCCUUGCCAAAGCAGCGGAAGCAGCAGUGAGGAGAGCCCCAAGCAAGAGCUCCCACCUUGGAAUAAUUCCUGUGCCCCAGAAUUGCAGGGCAGUGGCACCAAGUGGGCAUCUCCUUUGGAGCUCUGUGUGCUGGGUCAUGGGCUGCAGCCAGAAGCUCGCAUCAGCCGCAACCAGGACAGAGCCCAGCCAGAGUCACAACACUAGCAGAAAGAAGUGGCCUUGGCACGUGACCCGCUGAUGCCAGUGACACUAGGACACGUGAAACAGUCAUGAGGUGUUUGCACUGCUCCAUGGACGGUGGGCAAACCGACUCGAACCGCGGUGUCUUGGAAAGACCUUGAGGAUGCUCUGCCUAGCGGGCUGCAAAGUCUUCAGCAACAACUGGAUUCACUUCGCAGCAAUGAUCCUGCUUUGCCUGGGGUUUCGAUGUUAAUGAAAACCUUAGCGCCUACAAUAAUACCCUUUAUCUUUUCAAGCGCUGGCCUUAAUUAGAGGGAAAAUAUAUUCGUUCUUAGAGGGCCACGUGAUAACCAGUGGUGAUGACACCAUUUAAACCACAACCAUGAGUGAAAUGGUAUCCCCUGGAUAAGAAAAGCAAAGUUGUGGGGAAGCGUCCCCAGGAGGGCACUGCCCCCCAACCAAGGCUCUUGCUGGAGUUCAGACAAAUUAGAAGAACAAAGCACAAACAGGUACAAUGUGGGUGGCCUUGGACUCUGCAUUCUUCAUUAAAUUCCAUUGCCUUUGGUUAAUCUGUCACUGUACCUGCCUACAGCAUAAGAAGUCAUACAAACAGUGGGACAAGCUAAAUUUUUUUUAUUUGUCUUAAGGUUAAAUGGCAUGAUGGUUAAUGUUGUCAGCUUGACAGAAUCCAGUACCACUGAAGAGGCAAGCCUUUGCUCACAUCUGUGAGGGAUUUUCUAGGUUGAGUUCGAUGAGGUAGGAAGCUCCGCCCUACUAUGGUUGGCACCUUUCCAUGUGGGUUGGGAGGUUCAGAUCCUGAACCUCAGAAAAGAGGAAGAAAACUAAAGACCAUCAUUCAUUUCUUCCUGCUUCCUGACUGUGGAUGCAAUGUGACCAGCGACCUCCAGUUCCUACCACCCCAUGAUAGACUGCACCCCUCAACCUGUGACGCCAGGAUCAACGCUCCUCCACGAAGACGCUUUUGUCAGGCUAUUUUGUCCCAUAUGUGAGCAGGGAAACCAAUUACACGUGGUUUGUCUCAACAACACAGCAUUGAAGUCUCCACUCAAAGCUUUGUUUAGAAGCAAAUUGCUCCUGACCCUGGAAAAUGAGGCAGAUUGGAACACCCAUCCCCUCCCACCCACACCUUGCUUCUCCUGUUCAUGCCCACUUGUGACCAUACCACCCUUGACCUCAGUGUGUAUCAAAUUCUCUGGCUGAGCUAAACACCCACACACUCUGGGUCUGAGCAAACACAACUGAGCCUCCCAAACAAGAGGCCUGUUCUUUGCACCGGGUAGGGGCCCCGAGCCCAGAGAUAGGGAGGGUAUGAGGCAUUCUCACAGACCUCCCCACCCCCCAAGA